GCAUGCUGCGAUCGGUUCUUGUUUGAGUUGAUCAGCGGAGCGCGCGCGCACUCUCAGUGUGCAUCCACCGCCACGCAUGCGCUCUGGCUGACUGAGUGAUCGAUCGCGGAGGAUCGCCGGAUGCAUGCGCGGAGCAGAAGAAUAAAGGAUUGGUUGUGAGGAAGAGGAAGCGGAGAGGCGGGGUCGUUAAUUGGUGCCGAUCGAGGAUUUUUAUGCGCUAGCUGCGGUCGUGAGGAAGAGGAGCUAACUAGCUAGGUAAGUCGAUCGAUCAUGGAGGCGCGGCCGCCGGUGUUGGUCAUUGCCGUCGUCGUCGCGCUCUGCGGCGUGUCUCUCUGCGGCGUGGCCGCGGCCGGGAACGUGACCGCGGCGCAGCUGUUCCCCACGUCGUCGUACGACUCGUACCACGGCGCGCCGGUCACCUACAACGUCAAGAACUACGGCGCUAAAGGCAACGGCGCCGCCGACGACACCAAGGCGCUAAUGGCGGCGUGGAAGGUGGCGUGCGCGGCGGCCGGCACGGUGACGCUGCAGGUCCCGCCGGGGACGUACUACAUGGGCCCGACGCAGUUCCACGGCCCCUGCCAGGCCUCCUCCCUCACCUUCUUGCUCCAGGGCACGUUGAAGGCGGCGACGGACCUGAGCCGCUUCGGCAACGACUGGAUCGAGUUCGGGUGGGUGAAGGGCCUCAUCGUCGCCGGCCAGAACGGCGCCACCAUCGACGGCCAGGGCGCCUCCUCCUGGCCCUUCAACAAGUGCCCCGUCCGAAAGGACUGCAAGGUCCUCCCCACCAGCGUGCUGUUCGUGAACAACGAGAACACGGUGGUGAAGGACAUCGCGUCGGUGAACAGCAAGUUCUUCCACUUCGCGCUGCUGCAGAACAAGAACACCAAGAUGCUCAACCUGCGGAUCAACGCGCCGGGGAACAGCCCCAACACGGACGGCAUCCACAUCGAGCGGUGCACGGGGGUGGUCAUCGCCGACACCAAGAUCAGCACCGGCGACGACUGCAUCUCCAUCGGCCAGGGCAACGACAACGUCGACAUCCAGCGCGUCAACUGCGGGCCGGGCCACGGCAUGAGCGUCGGCAGCCUGGGGCGGUACGUCGGGGAGGGGGACGUGACCCGCGUGUACGUCAAGGACAUGAACUUCGACGGCACCAUGAACGGGCUGCGGAUCAAGACCUGGGAGAACUCCCCCACCAAGAGCCUGGCGGCGCACAUGGUGUUCGAGAACAUGGUGAUGAAGGACGUGGAGAACCCGGUGAUCAUCGACCAGAAGUACUGCCCAUACUACAACUGCGAGCACAAGUACGUGUCCGGGGUCACCAUCAAGAACAUCACCUUCAAGAACAUCAAGGGCACCUCCUCGUUGCCGGUCGCCGUCAUGCUCCGCUGCGGCGUGCCGUGCCAGGGCGUCGUGCUCCAGGACUUCGACAUCAAGUACAAGGGCGCCGGCGGCACAUCCUCCAAGUGCGAGAACGCCAAGGCCAAGUACGUCGGCUACAUGUACCCCAAGCCGUGCCCAUAGACAUAGGAUCGACCGCCAUUUUGAUUCUCGACCUUCUUUCUCCUCCUCCUCCUUCUUCUUCUCCUAGUUUUGAUUGAUUUAUGUUUCCUAGACGAUUUUGUUGCUGUUUCUUCUUGUUGCUUAGAAGAUUUCGUUUUGUUUUUUUGGUGUGUGCGUGUGUGUGUGGCAUAAGGGAGCUGCCGGUUGCUGGCCUAUGAGGAAGUAGUAGU